AUGGUCGAGGGAAACCUACCUGGCGAGAGCAACGCGCUCAUGGUCCGGGUGCCCGCCAUCGUCUUCUUUGUCCUGACGCCCAUCUUUGUGGGCAUCCGGUUCUGGUCACGGAUCAAGAUGAGAUCUGGCUUGGGCUGGGAUGACUGGACAAUCCUGUUCUCAUUCUUCUGCUGCCUGACCGUGUCAGUCCUGAUGAUGAUUUCUUGCGAGUUUGGUUUCGGCCAGCAUAUUAAGAAUCUUUCCAAGCCGAAUAGGCUGAUGACACUCAAGCUCUUCUAUGUGGCCCAGAUCUUCUACAAGAUCACCAUCAACCUUACCAAAGCCUCGAUCCUGCUGCUCUACCUGCGCAUCUUCGUGCAACGGUACUUUAGAAUCCUAUGCUACAUCCUCCUCAGCAUCAUCCUGGCGUACAUGGUGGCGACGUCGGCCUCGUCCAUCUGGCAAUGCACUCCCAUCCCCCGCGCAUGGGACAAGUCCAUUCCCGGCACCUGCAUCAGCUUGACAAUGAACUGGUACGCCAAUGCUGGGUUUUCCAUCGCCACCGACAUCCUCAUCAUGGCGCUGCCCCAGCACGUCUUGUGGAAGUCGAAGCUUCCCAUCAACCAAAAGAGAGCCCUCAUGGUUGUCUUUGCCCUGGGUUUGUUCGUCACCAUCACGAGCAUCCUGCGAAUGACGACACUGGACUUCUCUACCACUAGCCCAGACACCACAUUCGACAUCGCCUCUACCCUCUGGACCCUCGUCGAAGACAACGUCGCCAUCAUCUGCGCCUGUCUGCCCAUGUGCCGCCUCCCCCUGACCUACAUCUUCCCGUCCUAUUUCGCCUCCAAGCAGGGCUCGAGCGCCGGGAGCUACAACAUCAAGUCCGCCCCGCGCACGAACAGCAGCGCCUUCAUCCACGCCGGCACAAGCCGCAACGACUGGCACCCGUACCAGGGCCGCGAGGAGAAGACCGGCAUCCACCUGACGAGCGUGCAAGCCAAGCCCAAGGCCGGGGACGACACGAGCGAGGAGUACAUCUUGCCGGCGGCGACGACGACGGACGCGAGGCAUGUGAGAACCCCGAGCGAGGAAGCGGAGGACCGAAGGGCCAUUAGGAAGACGAUGGCGUUCCACAUGACUUACGAUGAGAAUGCGGCAAAAGUUUGA